AUGAUGUCAUUUGCAGCUAAUCAUGUUAGUCUAGCUUAUAAUAGUGAAAUUGAAGUUGGUUUAGCAGUGUAUUAAAUCGAAGUUAAAAAACUUGAUGAAGUUAAAAAAAUCUCUUUAUUUAUGGUAUUAAUGCUGAUUAUCAGAUUUUUCUAUGAUAUUAAAAUUAAGUAAAUAUCUAUCUUAUUAUUAAUAUCCAUAUCUUUAAGCUAAUAUUGAAUAUAAUAGUCAAUUCUCUGAGCAUACUAUUUAUAAAUAUAGAAUUAAUGAUAAAAUUAAUCUUAAAAAAUUUUUCGACUUUAAAUGAAUUAGUUUAUUCAUUUACGCAGUCAAUAAUUUUAAAGUUUUUUCUGGUCAAACAAUGUUAUGGAAUUUCGAGAAUCUUCCAAAUGAGGUGCUUAUAGUAGGUAUUAAAUUACUAAUAAAAUUAGUUCUAAUUGGUGGUGGAUUACUUUGAUAUUUAUUUCACUCUAUAAUAAAUAUGGAAAUAAAGAGGUGAUACUAGGUUGAUUUUCAUAUUAAUGUUAAUUAUAAAAUUCAACUUGUAUAAACUCUACAAACUCUAUCCAAUAUUUCAAUAAGAAAAUUUAUUAUAUAUAUGUAAUUUUCAUUUUUCAAACCUAUUGAUUAUUUUUUGGAAUACAAUACUUAAAAAUUGA